AUGGAUACUGUGUUGUAUCCAAUAGUUAUUGCUGUCGUUGUGUGUUUUGUAACUGUUAUACUAUAUUGGUUAUCAGUCAGAAAGAGACUUAAAAACGUGUUGUUUAUUGGUGCUUGUGAUUCAGGGAAAACAACUCUUUUUUCAUCUAUUCUAUAUGGAAAUCCAUCUUCCACUUUUACAUCUCUCAAUGAGAAUGUUGGAAAUCUGAAAACAGAUAAAAAAGCUCUUGUUCUUGUAGAUGUUCCCGGCCAUGAUAAAGUUCGAAACGAGAUAAUUCACAAAUAUAAGUCGGACACUUUGGCAUUAGUAUUUGUCAUAGAUUCAAAGUCUAUUCAGAGUGACGUAAAAGAUGUUGCUGAGUUUUUGUACAAUAUACUUGUGGAUAAGGUUUUUAUAAAGAAUCGCGUAAAAUUACUAGUAGCUUGCAAUAAACAAGAUGCUACCACGGCAAAAGGUGUCAGUGUAGUGACUCAUUUGCUUGAAAAAGAAUUGAAUACUCUUACAUUUACACGUACUGGUGCGCUUGCUGGCCUUGAUCAGUCCACCAUAUCAACAUUGACAAAGCCGGGAGUGACCUUCACUUUUGCAAAAAGUCGUUUACCGGUGGAUUUCGUUGAAAUUUCUGCUACAAAUAA